AUGCUGACGUUCACUACAUUCGAACUAGUAAAAAAAGACUUAUCUGAAUUGGGUGAUGUUGUGGCCAAUGAAGCAUCAGCCAUUGCCAGUAGUACAGUGGAAAGUGUCAAGCAUCAAGCCCAGAGUCUUCAACAAAUUGUCAGUCCCGUAGAGGAGCAGGCUGUUCUGCCUGGUGAAGUGGACGGACAACGUGCCGAAAUUGUAGAGAAGGUAACACAUUUUUUGCUAGGAACUUAA